ACACUAAUAAUAUUUUUCUUGAAAGAGGCUCUAAUUCCCCACCUUUUCUUUUUGCCCCGGAGCUGCAGGAAAGAUCUGGAGAAAGAGUUGAAGGUUGACUCAAAUUUGCCUCUCGGCAGUUCUAGCCAAGAGGUCACGAAGGACCUGCUGGACAUCAUCGACAACACCAGCAUCCGGACCAUUGAGGAGCUGGCCGGGAAACUGGAGUUUGAAAAUGAGCUGAACCGCGUGUGUGAGUCCUGCGGCGACUCCCCCUUCACGGAGGAGGCCUGGGCGCUGCUCAUGGACGAGAGCCCGCAGAAGGCGGUGGAGGCCGACCCCGGCAGCCUCCGGCGGGCCUUCGACGACCACAGCGUGGUCCAGACGGUCCUGGACCUGGAGGAGGACUACCACCUGAUGGGCUCUUUCAAAUACCACAUGGAGUGAGGGCGCCCGCCCGGUGCCUCCCGGGAGUCACGUUUCUCAGAGGGUUGGCCGAAUCUGCCGCCCCCUCCCCCCCUUAACUUCCAGUUGUUCCCUUUCGGAGCUGGGAGCCCAGCUGUUUUCAUUUGCUUUGUUUUGUUUUCCUGUUGCUUUGAAAUAGUUCUGACUGUUCCUUGUUUUCACUUGCACCUGUUUCUUUGGUUGAUGGUCAAUAUACCUGGUGCUCAAGGCA